UGCUCCAACGCGCUGUAACUACUAUCAUCCAGCCGAAGAAAUCACGAUGAUUUCACUGUUACCAGGCAACCAAGGUUUGAUAAGAGAGGGCCAGCUCCAGAGCACCACGGAGCACCUCCGACAGCAGCAGCCCCCCUCCACCGCUCUCACCUGAGCGAGGCAGCAAGACGCGCGCGCUCAACUGCAGAGAACACGGUCCACUUUGAGUUUGGACUCAGAGACGUUUCUGGAAAGAAACUCUACAAACUAAAUGUCUAAACCCUCCCACAGGCUUUGGAGCCAUGUUUUUACAGAUAGAUCAGUAAAUUUAAGUUCUCAUAAACAAACGCUCUCCCUAUGAUCCUCCAGAGCGCGCGCUUAUUCCCAGAUCAGGCAUUUUGCAGCGUCACGUUAAGAAAAUGUGAGGACUGUGGCGUGAGCAGAUGGUUGGUGCGGCUCCGACGCUCAUGCAAGAGCUCCAGCAGAACGCCUGAAUCCUCAUUCCAACUGCUCCAUGUGCGUCCUCUGGAUUCAGCUCAGUUUGGUUAGGGAGGAAAAAAAGUCACCUUACAGGGAGAGAUGUAUCUUAAGACUGAGUAAUCGUAUGACAGGAUGAUGCUGAACGUUGGGUUUUUGCGCACAAACCCGCAGAAAACAUAAGAACAAAGACAGAGGAGUCUGAGAAUCUCAGAGUCAUGGUGAGAAAACACCGCAGCGGCGCGGAUGAAAGCUUGGUUCGUGCGUGCGCGCCUCCAGCUGUUCGGUCUGGUUUCCCCGCACGCGCCACUUUCUGCUGCAGGUCCUUCCUACACGUCAGUCACAGCUGACGGAGACGCGGAUUGGUGUCGCUCGGCCCCGCAGCGCGCAGGCUCCUCCUCUCCGCCGGAGCCCUGCCUGCGCUGCGCUUGUUUCAGGGAGCGCAGAAGGUUUGUGCGCUCUCGGAGGUACGCAGAUGAAGUUGUAGGUUGGAGGAUUUUGAGGACAUCCAGGCUGAGAGAGGAGUAGAAAACUGGAUUUGUAACUUGUUCUGAAGCUGUGGGAUCCGGUCAAACCAACAGAAAGUGGCGGAGACAUCCAUGCGAGUUUGUGGCGUUUGACUGGGAGACCAAGCAUACCCAACAGUAUGCGGUGCAGUUAUGGCAGGCAAGGGUAACACAGUCGUGAGGACGCUGGAGGAUUUAACGCUUGACUCUGGUUAUGGUGGAGCCGCGGACUCGGUCAGGUCGUCUAGCGUGUCGCUGUGCUGCUCCGACACGCAUCCGUCCUUCUCGCAUGGGGGCAACUGCUGGCAUCUGACGGAAUCCAUGCACAGCAGACACAACAGUUUGGACACGGUCAACACCGUCCUGGCGGAGGAAACGGAGAUCCUGGAGUGCGCGGGCCACUGCGCCAAGCUGCCCGAGCUGGAGGACGUGCCGUGGAGCCUCGGGGAGGUGGAGGGCGCGCUGAGGAAGGACGAGGAGCUGAUGGUGGGCGACCCGCCGCCGGAGUUCCUGGCGCGGCUGUCGGCGCUCAUCAGCCGCGCGCUGGUGCGCGUGGCGCGGGAGGCGCAGCGGCUCAGCCUGCGCUACGCCAAGUGCACCAAGCACGAGAUCCAAAGCGCCGUCAAGAUCGUGCUCUCGUGGACCAUCUCCGUCAACUGCAUCACGGCGGCUCUGAGCGCGCUGUCGCUCUACAACAUGAGCACCGUGGACAAGUUCAGCCGGGGCAAGUCCGCGCGCUGCGGGCUGGUCUUCUCCGUGGGCAAGUUCUUCAGGUGGAUGGUGGACAGCCGGGUGGCCUUGCGGAUCCACGAGCACGCAGCCAUCUACCUGGCCGCCUGCAUGGAGAGCCUGGUCAGGGAGGUGUUCAGCCGCGUCCUGCGCAGCGCGCUGGUGGAGAGGGACAACGGGGUUCCCAAGUUCACGUUGGAGUCCAUGGAGCAAGCGAUCAACAGCGACUCGGAGAUCUGGGGUCUGCUGCAGCCCUACCAGCACCUCAUCUGUGGCAAGAACUCCAGCGGUGUGCUGAGCCUGCCGGAGAGUUUGAACUUGCACCGGGACCAGCAGCGCUCGGGGAGAGGCAGCGAGAGUCAUGGGUACACCCAGGCUGAGCUCCGGACGCUGGAGCAGUCGCUGCUCGCAACCCGGGUGGGCAGCAUCGCAGAACUCAGUGAUUUGGUUACCAGGGCGAUGCAUCACCUCCAGCCCCUGCACAUCAAGAACCCCAGCAACGGGACUCCGGUCCACCAGAAGACUCACCCCACGGUGCACUGGGAGCCCGAGGCCCUCUACACCCUGUGUUACUUCAUGCACUGCCCACAGAUGGAAUGGGAGAACCCCAAUGUGGAACCCUCCAAAGUCACCUUACAAACUGAGAGGCCAUAUCUGGUGCUGCCCCCGUUGAUGGAGUGGAUCCGGGUGGCGGUGGCCCACACCGAACAUCGGCGGAGCUUCUCUGUGGACAGCGAUGACGUACGGCAGGCGGCGAGGCUCCUGCUUCCCGGCGUGGACUGUGAACCUCGACAAAUGAAAGCGGAGGAUUGUUUCUGCGCCACCAGGAAGCUGGACGCCGCCUCCACAGAGGCCAAGUUCCUGCAGGAUCUGGGAUUCCGGAUGCUCAACUGCGGACGCACCGACCUGGUCAAGCAGGCCGUCAACCUGCUGGGACCCGAUGGCAUCAACAGCAUGAGCGAACAGGGCAUGACCCCCCUCAUGUACGCCUGUGUCCGCGGGGACGAGGCCAUGGUCCAGAUGCUCCUGGACGCCGGAGCCGACAUCAACAGCGAGGUGCCCAGCACAGUAAACAAGCACCCCUCAGUUUAUCCUGAAACGCGCCAGGGGACGCCACUCACUUUCGCCGUGUUACACGGACACAUCCCCGUUGUGCAGCUGCUGCUGGAUAACAGAGCGAACGUGGAGGGCGCCCUGCAGGAUGGGGCGGAGAACUACACCGAGACGCCACUACAGCUCGCCGCCGCUGCAGGAAACUUCGAGCUGGUCAGCUUGCUUCUGGAGCGAGGGGCCGACCCGCUCAUCGGUACCAUGUGUCGAAACGGCAUCUCCUCGGCUCCUCUGGGAGACAUGAACUCGUUCAGCCUGGCAGCAUCGCACGGCCACAGGAACGUCUUUCGGAAGCUCCUCUCCAGCUCUGAGAAGGAGAAGGGGGACGUGCUGUCUCUCGAGGAGAUCCUGGCCGAGGGUUCGGAUCCCGCCGAGAAGAGGCUGGCACCCCAGGCCAACUGUGGAGGGACCCUGCGAACAGGAAAGGCCAGGCUGAGGGCCCUGAGAGAGGCCAUGUACCAUAGUGCAGAGCAUGGCCAUGUGGACAUCACCAUAGACAUCCGCAGCUUAGGUGUUCCCUGGACGCUGCACACCUGGCUGGAGUCCCUGCGCACCUGCUUCAUCCAGAACCGCCGGCCGCUCAUCCAGGGCCUGCUCAAAGACUUCAGCUGCAUCCAGGAGGACGAGUACACGGAGGAGCUGAUCACGCACGGCCUGCCGCUCAUGUUCCAGAUCCUCCGAGCCAGCAAGAACGAGGUGAUCAGCCAGCAGCUGUCCGUCAUCUUCACGCAGUGUUACGGGCCCUUCCCCAUCCCGAAGCUUACCGAGAUCAAGAGGAAGCAGACGUCACGCUUGGACCCUCAUUUCCUGAAUAACAAGGAGAUGUCUGACGUCACCUUCCUGGUUGAAGGGAAACCCUUUUAUGCACACAAGGUUUUGCUGUUUACAGCUUCAACUAGGUUCAAGACCCUGCUCCAAAACAGACCGGCAGCAGAAAACACCUGCAUCGAGAUCAGCCACGUCAAAUACAACAUUUUCCAUCUGGUCAUGCAGUAUCUGUACUGUGGAGGCACCGAGACUUUGCACAUCCGCAACACAGAAGUCAUGGAGCUCCUGUCUGCAGCCAAAUUCUUCCAGCUAGAAGCCCUUCAGAGACACUGUGAGAUCAUCUGCUCCAAGAACAUCACCACCGAAACCUGCGUGGACCUUUACAAGCACGCCAAAUUCCUUGGUGCCUCUGAGCUGACAGCUUUCAUCGAGGGCUACUUCCUGAAGAAUAUGGUGCUCCUGAUCGAACUGGACGGCUUUAAGCAGCUCCUGUACGAGCUCCCGCCCCCCGAGAGCCCCGCCUCCAGCCCGGGCAUCUGCUCCGACAUCCUCCUCGAGCUGGAGAAGACUUUAGCCACUCGCAUUCACUCCAUUCACCUCUCCACGUCCAAGGGCUCCGUCGUGUGACCCGCCAAUCCAGCAUCCGCCGCCCCACCCACCCCCAAAACCCGCAAAGCCGAGGCAGAAUUUUCGAUGCCAGAAGUUCCCUUUAAGUCUCCAGCUGCCUGAGGGUGAAUGUCGGCAUUUGCGAGGAGGCCCUUUCCAUGCUGAACUACUGUUCACAUCACCUCUCAUGAGUUUAGAGAACGGACAUUUCUAUUUUAUUUCAUAACAACUGCAUGGAGAACAUUGUACACUUUUUUUCACUAAGAGUAGGAAAUUUAAAUCAGUUUUGCAGCUUCAUCAUCAUCAUCCUCUCUGACACGAGACUCCGGUUUACCAACAGAGCGGACGCCAUUACAGUUCGCCAAACCGCCGGUCAGAAUUGAACCCAACGAUACAAGCAACAGAAGUGAUUAGUAGCAAUGCCAGCGGGCAGACCUUUAGGAGGACGUUUCAUCUUCUGUGUCGGACGCUUUUCACUGUGUUAUAUCUACUGUGUGCAGAGGCCAAACGGAUCACAGGAACUUCCACACGUUUAGCUGAAAUAAAUGCGGAUUCGUGCUUGACUGGAAAAAAAUUAAUGUGACAGCUCUUUAUUUUUGCAUGACACCCUCUCCCGUUGGCUCCUCCCAUUUUUUGCUUUCGAUGCAGAGCUCACCGAGGGGGUCGUUUUUGCAAAAAGGCAGUAGGAGAACUCACUGCGCUUUAGCCGCACUGCAGAUUGGAGCAGGUACAGGCUUCAUGCAACGUGUAAAUAUGCCUGGAGGUCCUUUUUUUUUUUUUUUUUUUUUUUUUUUUGAGAAACCGAAGGUUAAAUAUUCUCCCAAACUCGCUCGGCCGACGUUACCGGAAUGUGCUCCCUGUCUUUUUUUUGUAUCAUUCCAGGUUGCAUGUUCAAUCCAUUUGUUGUCUUUGUGUUUUGCUUUAGUUGCGUUUUCUCUGUAGUUCGUAGGGCUGCGUGGGGUUUCGCUCGUUUAGAUGAGAGUCCAACCAAAGGCUCCUUGAUAAAAUACAAACAAUUCCUCGUUCGUUCCAUCACGAGUGAUCAAAGUGGACGGCUGUAUGAAAGUUUCAAACUUCACGGAUGAAGUUGUGCACACAGUCAGCACUGACUUUGCUGGGCUAGCUUGCUAAUGCUAAUGUUAGCAUGCGAGGCGAACAAAGAAAAAUUUGUCAAGUAUUUAAAUUUAGCGAAUAGUGCCACCAAGAGGACGGUGUAGAUACUGCAAUUUAGUAUAUUUGGCAAUUUUCUGAUCCUUAAAAGAGAAUCUUUGUGACAAUACCUAAUUAGGUUUUAUACCAAAAACCCUUCAAUACAGAGCUCUAGCUGUAGUGUUGAUGUUCUUUAAAUUAUCGUAACUUAUCAACUGUUAACGUUAUUACAGUGGAUUCUGAAACAGAGAAAGCAGCCUUGUGCUGAUAUGCAACACUUUACGGUUGUGAAGUGCUUACGCGAUCAUCCUUUCGCUAUGCAACAUGUUAGUAACCGGUUGCAUUAAGUCGUUAUAAAAAGACGCUUUUCUCUGCAUUAGAAUUGGCUGAUUAACAAUAGUUGCUGUAAUGGUCGAAGAUUUAAGCUAUAUCAAAGAACAUCUGUCGUUUAGAUGUCACCGACGACAUCUCCGGUUUUAAAGUGUUAAACCAAAACGUUUAGCGAAAAAGAAUUACGUCCUAGAACAGGGGUGGGCAAAAUACGGGCCAAA